AUGACAGUCUCCCAUUCACAGGAGUAUGUGUCUAUACUACACAACAACAAUGGAAACAGCACCCCUUCUACUCCAGACACUCCCACAUCCUACAACCCAACAUCAACAUUAGACAAAUGUGAUCCAUACACCGCUCCACUAGCCCCAGGCAGAGGAAUUGAUAAGGAGGAUGAGGAGGAGACAGAACCCUGUGGAUGGGGACCAUUCACCCCAGGAAUGUGUCAGCGUUUCCGUAGUCCUCAUUGGAUGUUGUUCUGGCUGUGCUGGGCUGGUGGUAUACAGGGUAUGGUUGUAAAUGGGUUUGUAAAUGUCGUGAUCUCAAGUGUGGAACGCCGAUACGAUCUAAGCAGCACUGAGUCAGGGGCCAUCGCAAGUUGUUAUGAUAUUGCGUCGGUCUUGUGUUUGAUUCCAGUCAGUUACUUUGGUGGACUUGGCUGUAAGCCUCGAUACCUCGGGAUUGGAGUGUUUGUGAUGGGGCUUGGAUCUUUAAUGUUCUCUCUACCACAGUUUACCUCUGGACCCUAUGUAGCGGGAGGCCCUGAGGGACCGUCCUUGUGUGGCGGGCACACCAACACGUCUCUGGAGAACUGUAUGUCCAAUGCAGGUCCCCAGGGACUCUCAUCCUACAAGUACAUCUUUUACUUGGGACAGUUGAUGCAUGGCGCUGGUGCAGCUCCUCUGUACACCCUAGGCACGACUUACUUGGACGACAAUUUGCCUGUUGCUUCAUCCUCUAUGCAUCAAGGGUUGUUCUACGGCUGUGCUAUUUUGGGUCCUGCGGUUGGAUAUCUAGCUGGAGGAGCUUUCCUCGACUUACACGUGGACAUCGACAAGGGGUCAAACCUCAGUCUAGCUCCCUCAGGUCCUCGCUAUGUUGGUGCCUGGUGGGUUGGUUUCCUCGUCAGUGCUGCCCUGGCAUUUAUUGUGGCUGUUCCUCUGUGUGGUUUCCCCAGCAAUCUUCCAGGAUCCUGGCGAUUCAGGGCCCAACAAGGGAAGGAAGUAUACCAAACAAAACAGACAGCCUCGGAGCCUGAGUAUGAGCCAGAGAAGAAGAAAUUAAUGGUGACAAGGAUUCUCAUGUCUGUCAGGGUCCUCUUGUUAAAUCCUACUUUUAUGUUCUUGAAUUUGGCAGCAGCAUGUGAAGGAAAUGUUCUGGCAGGAUUUGCUACCUUCACACCAAAGUUUAUUCAGGAACAGUUCAGCAUUCCAUCAUCCAAGGCAGCCAUGUUUGUUGGGUUUGCUGCCAUUCCGGCUGGAGGUGGAGGAACAUUCCUGGGAGGUUACCUAGUCAAACGGUACAAACUUAGGAUGAAAGGAAUCAUUCGUCUGUGUCUUGGUCUCACACUACCAUCACUAAUCUUGGCUCUUUGUUUUAUCAUCCACUGUCCUAACCAAGCAUUUACAGGAGUCAAUGUUCCCUACAGGGAAACACAGAACAGGACCAGUGUUAUCACAACAAUUGACACCUGUCAUCAGCCAUGUGACUGUUCACAUGAUAACAAGUAUCACCCUGUUUGUGGCAGUGAUGGCAGUAUGUACUUUUCCCCAUGUUACGCUGGCUGUACAGGCACUACGGGAGAUGUCAGUGCUCGGGUGUACCACAACUGUAGCUGUGUUAACCCCACCUCCCAGGACAGUCAGCAGGCAGUAGAUGGAAAGUGUGACAGUACCUGUAAACUCCUCCCCAUCUUCAUGCCCAUAUUUGGAUUACUGAUGCUGCUUACAUUCACAUCCAGUAUGCCGGCUCUAGCAGCUACUCUGAGAUGUGUACCACCAGAACAGAGGUCUUUUGCCCUGGGAAUACAGUGGAUCAUUGCCAGAUGUCUAGGUUCCAUCCCAGGACCAAUUCUAUUUGGGAAAUUGAUUGACAUGUCAUGUGUGUUAUGGCAGAAGGACUGUGGACAGGAUGGUUCCUGUUUUUUCUACGACAAUCAGAAUAUGAGUAACAAUCUUUUAACAGUUGGACUUGUUGGAAAGUUUUUUUCCACUUUAUUCUUUCUGUUGGCUCUUGUCCUGUACAGAAGUCCACUGCAAGAAGGCAGUACUGAUUCCUCCGACAAGGACAGUGGUGCCAUCUGUGUUCUCAAAGGAACUACCGAAGGAGACUAUUCAACAUGGCCACCAUCAAAGGGAGACAACUCAUAGUAUAGACACAUUGACAUCAUCUCUACAUGA